CCAUUCCAACCAGCUGUUCUGCGACUGUCACCUGGGCUGGCUGGCACAGUGGCUCCGCCAGCGCCCCGCCAUCGGGCUCUUCACGCAGUGCGCCGGGCCCCCCCCCCUCCGCGGCACCAGCCUGCCCGAGCUCCAGAAGAACGAGUUCAGCUGCUCCGGACAAACGGACGCCGCCCGCGCCCACGUCUGCAGCCUCUCGUCCGGCUCCUGCCCCGCCAUGUGCGCCUGCAGCGACAGCGUGGUGGACUGCCGCAGCAAGGGGCUGACCGCCAUCCCCGCCAACCUGCCCGAGGGCAUGACGGAGAUACGCCUGGAGCUGAACGGGAUCAGAUCCGUCCCCGCUGGGGCCUUCUCGCCCUACAAGAAGCUGCGGCGAAUCGUGCUGUAUGGGAACAAGAUCACAGACCUGCCCAGGGGCGUCUUCGGGGGACUCCACGCGCUGCAGCUUCUGCUCAUCAAUGCCAACAAGAUCAACUGCAUCCACGCCGACGCCUUCGGGGACCUGCAGAGCCUCUCUCUGCUCUCGCUGUACGACAACAAGCUGCAGGGCCUGGCCAAGGGCACGUUCGCCCCCCUGCGGGCCAUCCAGACACUGCACCUGGCUCAGAACCCCUUCAUCUGCGACUGCAACCUGCGGUGGCUGGCGGAUUUCCUGCGCGCCAACCCCAUUGAGACCAGCGGGGCCCGCUGCGCCAGCCCGCGCCGCCUGGCCAACAAACGCAUCGGCCAGAUCAAGAGCAAGAAGUUCCGCUGCUCAGCCAAGGAGCAGUACUUUAUCCCAGGCGUGGAGGAUCAGCAGCUGAACAGUGAGUGCAGCAGCGACGUGGGCUGCCCCCCAAAGUGCCGCUGCGAGGCCAGCGUGGUAGAAUGCUCCAACCUGAAACUCACCAAGCUCCCGGAGCGCAUCCCACAGGCCACGGCAGAGCUACGCCUGAACAACAACGAAAUCUCAGUGCUGGAGGCCACGGGGCUCUUCAAAAAACUCCCACACCUGAAAAAAAUCAACCUGAGCAACAACAAGGUGACAGAGAUUGAGGACGGGGCCUUCGAGGGGGCAGCAUCCGUCAGCGAGCUGCACCUGACGGCCAACCAGCUGGAGUCGGUGCGCAGCAGCAUGUUCCGGGGCCUGGCGGGGCUGCGGACCCUGAUGCUGCGAAACAACCGCAUCAGCUGCAUCCACAACGACAGCUUCACGGGGCUGCGCAGCGUGCGCCUGCUCUCACUCUACGACAACCAGAUCAGCACCAUCGCGCCCGGCGCCUUCGACACGCUGCAGUCACUCUCAACGCUGAACCUGCUGGCUAAUCCCUUCAACUGUAACUGCCGGCUGGCCUGGCUGAGCGACUGGCUGCGGAGGAGGAAGAUCGUGACGGGGAACCCGCGCUGCCAGAACCCCGACUUCCUGCGGCAGAUCCCGCUCCAGGAUGUGGCCUUCCCCGACUUCAGGUGUGAGGAAGGCCAGGAGGAGACAGGGUGCGUCCCACGCCCACAGUGCCCUCAGGAGUGCACCUGUCUGGACACGGUCGUUCGCUGCAGCAACAAACACCUCAAGUCCCUGCCCAAGGGGAUCCCAAAGAACGUCACUGAGCUUUACCUGGACGGCAAUCAGUUCACGCUGGUCCCUGGAGAGCUCUCCUCCUUCAGAUCCCUGCAGCUGGUUGACCUGAGCAACAACAAGAUCAGCUCCUUGAGCAAUUCCUCCUUCACCAACAUGAGCCAGCUCACCACGCUGAUCCUCAGCUACAACGCCCUGCAGUGCAUCCCCCUGCUCGCCUUCAAGGGGCUCCGGGCGCUCCGGCUGCUGUCUCUGCAUGGCAACGACAUCUCCGGCCUGCCAGAGGGCAUCUUCACCGACGUCACCUCCUUGUCCCACCUCGCCAUCGGGGCCAACCCCCUGCACUGCGACUGCCACCUGCGCUGGCUCUCGGGCUGGGUCAAAACAGGCUACAAGGAACCCGGCAUCGCCCGCUGCGCCGGCCCGCCUGACAUGGAAGGCAAGCUGCUGCUCACCACUCCGGCCAAGAAGUUUGAGUGCCAAGGUGAGGGGCCCAUUCAGCACCUGGGCACUGGGGGCUGCGCCCAGCGCGUGGGCAUGGACAGGGUCCCAUGGACUUUGACCCCUGCCCUGGCUGUCACCCCUGCGGGCUAA